CCGCCGCCGUCAUCUAGCUACUCUAUCUGAUGUAUACCGGCGCGGUGCAAAAACUACAGUGUGUGUGAUAUUAGCCACAGUCGCGGUCAGCACAACGCAGCCACCAUGGGGAUGCUUCGGGGGUUGCUUUUAGCCGAAUCCAUUCCAUGCUAGAGCUCUCCGUAUAGGUGGAACACACACAAAUACAGAAGGGAAAGCAUAUAUUAGGGUGACCGGUAUCUCAGGUUGCUAUAUGAGGCCAAGCUGGUGGUUGAGCAGUUUUACACACACGGAAGAGCGCGGGGACGUGCCCAGCGUGUGAGCAGCUCAGCUACAGCGGUGUAAACUACCUAUGGCGCUAAGACAGCACGUCUAAGCAACCCGGACAAGAGAGCAACACCCCAUCGGCGGUGAGGAAAUCAGACUGAUGAGUCAUAUCUAAAGAUCGACAAGACAUGGAGUCUCCGUCUAUUCGCCUUCCUUCGGAGCAAAUUGCUUCCUCAAGAAGAAGAUUCGACCACUUGGUGGAUGUCCAGUCUGCAUGGGCGACGCCAGCUGCAUCGAACACGACCGGCUCAUCGACUAUGGCUGAAACGAGACCAAUCACUCGGGCCAGCUCUGACUGGAUGAUAACACUCCUCAAAACAUCCUCACAACGUCAACCUGUAUUCAAAGACUUUUCCGGUGAAUUCAGGGUGAUUUCUCGCUUCAACAGUGACGGACAUUUCUUGAAUGUUGACAGAAAUCUGUCUUACGUAGACCUGUUGUCUAGUGCAAUGAAGACUCUUGACGUAAAAGCUGCAUCUAUGAACAUGACGAAGAUUAAAAAUGGCUCCCCGCCAAGAGGAAAAUGCGAACCCUCUCUCAGCUCGGAAAGAACAGAGGAAUCAAGGACACUGCAUAUGAUAGAAAAAGGAGUUGAAUGUAACAUUGCUGACUUUAUACUGCCUAUGGCGAGAAACGAAAAGGCGACCAGCACAGGCAGCCUACACAAGAUUUCUAGCAUGUCGCCCCAAAGAUCACUUCCCAAAGCAUGUGCUUGCCAACCAUCUUUGAGAGAUGAUUGCUCAAAACGCGAAACAGCUGCACCUUACCAGAAUACCUCGGGCACAAAGACACCUGUUGGUAUUUCAAACAUUAGCAUUAGACAUGAUACAGCUGUUGGAAUAGAUUUGACUGAUGGAUCAUUCCAUUCAAAGACAGCUGAGACGGUAGAUGAAGGAAUACUGGGUAGCGAUGGGAAUGACACCCAUGCUCGAAGAAAAGACGAAGAAGUGCCAUCGCUAGUGAAGAUGAAAGAAUUUCGAAACAGACGCCAGACAAGUGAUGUCUCUGAGUAUGAUAAAGCUUAUGAGUCUUUGCUGGGAAGACAACCAGCUCAAAGUAAGGAAAGGCACAUAUCUCAUGGUGAAGCUGAAAAACAAGAUAGCGGGCCGUCGCGAGGAUCAAUCCACUCUUUUCGAACAAGACUAUCGACAGAUGUGUCAUGCGACUUGGAAGAUCCUUUCGACUUGUCAAGUGCACAAUCCCCCACGAUGAAAGAAAUUCGAGAAGACACGGACAGAAAGUUUGAACGCUGGAUCAAGAAGACCUCCAAGCGGGACAGUAGCAAAAGCGGAAAGUCAUCGCGAAACACGUCCGCGAGUAGCGGCAAGUCGGCCUCCUCACGGCACGCGUCUGCAUCCAGUACCGCGGGCACUUUGCCGGACGAGCGUUGUGAAAUAGUUAAAGGCAGUCUUGUCAAAACAGUGUCAGAAGGAGUGCCUCGCCUUAAAAGUGUCAAACGUGAGGAGGACAUGCUGCUUACAGGACAUCAUGAAAAAGUCCAAGACUUAAUAGAGAAGGCAAUGACCUCAUCUUCAUCUACGAUCAAGGACAAGUCUAAAGUAUCCCCGGUAAACAAAUCAUCCAGUGUUGGAGAUAUGGAGGACAGUGAGAGCAAGAUUUCCCAUUUGUUUCCCAAGGUUGUUGUCGGACAAAACCUGGAAGUGCCAAAGGAAUCUCAGGAUCCCAGAAGAAAAUCGAUCGUGGAAGAUGUUGUAUUCGACGAGACAGGGAUGACGUGGGGGAUCUACGGGGCUGAGCUGGACGCAGAAACACUCGGGGAUGCGAUACAGAAGCAUCUGGAGCUGCGGAUCAAACAGCUACAAGAUCAGUCAAAGGAGCGGGCUAUGUCGAUAGAUAUCGAGAGAAGGCAGUCCCGUUCAGAAAGGCCUACACGCUGGUUCUGCCCACUUUGCCCAUUCCUUUGCCUCAAAAGCAAAGAAACGUGAGUUAAGAUAGUGACCAGAACCAUACUUGUAGUGAGUAUGAAAUCAUGUGUGAGACAGAAGGUAUAUGAGUAGCUUUUCUUCAAUCAGCCAAAAUACUUUUGCCAUAAUUGUAAUCAUAACCAUCAUAGUGCAUUCUUUUUCGAACGAUGAGCGUUGAGAAGAAUGCUCUAUAUUUGAAAUUAUGUGAUUUGUUUUUAAAAUUGAGCUAUUUAUACGUAUCCGUAUAAAGGGCGAUGGGAUCUUUUUUUCAAAUCUAUUAAAAAGAAAAUUUGUCUUUUUCACGUUGGUAUCAAAGUCAGUACAUCCAGAUUGUCAAUGGCGUGAAUGUUUAGUCUACAAUAUUGUACGAGUUAGACAAUGUAAGUGACCUUGUUGAAGCAAAUGUUUUAAUGUCAGUCAAAAAAGCCAACUGCGGAAUCGUAUGUCCGAUGUCAAAUGUAACUUCUAAUAGGGUAUACGUACUCCAAGAUUUGGCCAUAUUCAAGAAGGUAUAUCCGUUGUAAUCGUCAUUCCCUAACAUAUAUCAGUGACAUUUGUAGGUAAUAUUGACGGUUGCCGAUAUCAUGUACCUGAGAAGCACUAGCAGUGUGUUGACAGUCUACAUUCAAUCUGGCAGUAAGGCCAUGUUGAUUUGAUUAAUAUGACAUCCUCCGGAAAUGCCAAAACUGAUGGGGCGGGCAACGAAAGAAAAGCUUAUCAUAAAAAACAAAAAAACAUUGCCUUCAUUAUGAGAUAUAAGUAAGCAUUAAGGUUAUACGGAUACACACACACAGAGUAUGGUAUACCGAACUAUCCAAAAUUCUUUGUUCUUUCACAUAUUCUUCUUUACCUUGGAAUGUACUUUGACAUUCUACAUGAUUAAUAUAUGUUCCCUAUUUUUGCAGACUACGCCAUAUAUUUGAUCAUUUUGCAGCUGCUACGAUUUACAGUAUUGUUGAAAACGGCCGAAUAAUGAUGCGCAAGGUGGAUGCCAUCCAUAUAAUCAAACUUACAUGGCCUAAGUGGUUCAGAGGUCUUGAAGGAUAUCAGGUGUUCUUUCAUCUUAACAUAAAAAAGAUCAAUAGAAGUAUAAGUGCCUGUGGACCUUUCUUACCCUUUGUAGUAGUACAAUCUUGUUCUGGGAAAAUAUUCAUUGAAAGCGUGUUGGCUCUCAAAUAAACCGUUUACUCUGAACCUCAAAGGAAUAGUAAAGAUAAAUCUUUGUUGUGGUACGUUUGCUAAUCUCCCGAGUCGUUUCCUGUACCAUCCGUUAUGACGUCACGUAAGCAGUACACGUUCUGGAAUAUAGAACUUGUCUUGGCAAGAAUUGUUGUAUGCCCCUGUAUGACUUUGUUUCUCAUCAUUUUCCAACGACAAAGAAAGUGCAUUUCCAAUGCUAGCUUAAUCACAAUCCGUCAAAUACUCUUACUUUCAACUUACCAGAAGACUAUGAACACAUCAUAGUCACAAAUCUAAAUUUAUGCUUAUCAAGAUGCACAGUUAUCGAUUUUCUUUAAGAUUGUCGGAUUGUUUCGUUUUAUAUAUUAUUGCUAUUUGCACUGACACCAGAGAAAAACAAACACCAUAAUCCAGCCACUGAAAAAAAAAACAGAACGAAAGAAGAGUAACAGCUUUGAUGUUUGAGCGAAAGUUCCUUUGAGACGGUAUUCAACAUUUUAAGAUAUUCAAACGCUAUCCGUACUCAAAGAAUUGCGCUUUAAGUCGAUCAAACUUCAGCAGGAUCAGUGGACUGGUCGAAACCCUGUUGGGUAUCUGUUUACUUUGUGUACGGAAAUAGAGUUUAAAUUUCUUUCAGCUAUGAUGUUUUAGAAUGAAGUUAUUGUGUUUGUCAGCUCCACACAUGUACACAGCAUCAGAAUUGAAUUUGUGCACUUGACAUAUCAUAGGCUUAUUGUACACGGCAUUUCCCCAUGGAGUGCAUGAAUUUGUUAUAUAACGUUUGAUGUUAAGUAUACUGUCAGCUUGAAUAUAUGAAGUUAUCAAUUAUGUUGUUAAAUAUUACGAACACCG